AUGAUGUCCGUUGAAACGCCGUUUCCAGAUUAUCGUCGCAAGAGGAUCAGAGAGGAGGAGGAUGAAGAGGCGUCAGCUGGUAACCCGGUUGGGUUCACGGAACACAGAAGCAAACGCCUCCAGUCACUCCCACUUAGGACUUCUCCGAACUCGAGACGAUGGAACAGCCGCCCGAGCUUCCCUCAGACGACCCCGACUUUUGCUAUGGCCUCUCAGGUUCAGGCUAUCACACCGCAAGAGCCAAUUCAGGAACAGGCUUGGGCCGAUGAGCCCGAAUUGGUUCCUGUCGGCACAUCGGAUGGAAUGUUUGCGGGAGCAAUGGAUGACGACAUGGACAUGAUGGAUACGUCAGAGGCCAUGAUCGGGCAUAACCAGCCGUGCCUCGAAGGUUCCGAGCAGGGUUCAAUGCAAACGGACCCUAGCGGUCCCAGCGUCACGGGUCGCAAACCGACACCGAUCCACUGCAGCUUUGCCGCACAAGUACGGGGUAACAACUGGAAAGGCGGCAACCCUGCGCAUGGGGACAUGCUCGCGACGACCGCCGGAAGAGCCGAAUGCGGCGGCCUUUGCCCAUAA